AUGUCUUCGACUGAUGGGUCAAGCUUUAUCUCAGAGCAUGACAUCCACGAUGAUACUGAGAGUAAGGCAACAACACCAUCAGCUUCUCCUAGGAAAAUAAACGAUGUGAAUGAAUCACUCGAAGCCGGAGAAGCCGAGAACGUUGAACAACUGCACAACAAUGAUAGAAGCGUCUCUGAACGUGGAUCCGAAGCUGGGGACGAAGAUGACGAUGGAAGUGGCGAUUCGCGUGCCUCUCACCACUCCAUCGCUUGGAGGCUGCGCAACGUUGCUAGCGAUUUGCGAGAGCUAACAGCCGGACCAAUAGUCCCGGUCAACACUGAUACUGAGAACUUGAAGAUCUUGAUGAGCCACCUGAACAUGCUGGAGUGGAUAUCGUCGUUGUUAAAGGAGGUCCCAUCCAGAAGCAAUUCAGUAGUCAGUAUAAUUGCCGAACGGGUCAAAUGUGUCCCAGAGCUUCGUGGAUACAAGUUUCAGCAAUGGGUGCCGCCACCACCAGCACCGCCAUAUUUUCGGAAAGACUCUAAUACUCCUGCUAUCGCUUUCUUAACAGAAGAACCUCAAUUUUACACCCGCGGAACCCCUCACUCUCCCUUUCGAACUAGCCAACUUUCGUCUUCCAAUUUCAAUCAACCGAGCCGGCCACAUGGAGUUGGUUAUCUUCCCCCUCAAAUUCGUGUGAACUCUCUACCAGUCAUGCGAAUUCUUAGCACUGUGACGGGCGGCUUGCUGAAUGCAGCCCCCCAUGCUGAUAUGAAUAUUUAUCGGCCUUAUAAAGUUCUCGUGUACUUUGAAAAAAGGAUACGAAGCGAGCUUGCCUUUUUGGGAGAACAGUGCGCAGAGGCAGCAAGGGAAACGGAAGAAGCGAAUGCAGCUGCUGCAAGUCAUGUUAAAAGCGAUGACGAAAAACAGGGCAAACCUGAAAGCGACAGCGAUAGUGUGGCAAGUGUUGAAAGUGAUACUUCACAAAAUAUUCCAGGCAGAUAUUCAGUACCUGAAUAUCUCCUAUUUCAACCGGCGCAAUGGCGACACCACACGCUUGACCUACUUCAAGAGGCAAAGGCAGAUCUUGGUAUCCUCAUUGAAUUUAUGGACAAGUAUGUUUUUCCUCUUCGCAAGGCACUGAAAGAGGAAGCAGACAUGAGAGUGCAUUUCAACGAGCUCUGGCACCUCUAUGUCCCUGGAAGCUUAGUAUACGUCAGGGACCCUGGCGUGCCUCAGAAGCUAUGGCGUGUUAUCCAAGGUACAGGAGGAAACAGAACUCCACUGGUGCGACCACCUGAGAAUUCCCAUGUUAGCCAUUUGAAGCUGGGAGCUUCGUAUGGAAACAACAAGCUAGAUCCGUUGAUUUUGGACUGCUAUUACGUGGACUUUGAUGGCACACACUUCGUCCGCGUUUUGAAGAAGUUCAGAAUAGAGGAGUUCAAAGAGCUUACGGCCAUCAAAGGGUUACCCAUAUUGCCCAUUAAUGUGGCCGAGAGUGAGGAUUUGAUAAACAUAGAAGAGUCAAGGCAAAGAGGAUUUGACUUUAUCGCUUGCACCCGGCCAACAUAUCGCUAUUUUAGGGGUCGUAGCUUAUGUUACGAGCCGGAAGGCAAUGUCAUGAGACGGCCCGAAAAAGAGACCAUCGGAUCUCUUGAAGUACUUUCAGAGUCUAUCGAGAGCCCCGUGGUUGUGGAUUUUGAACGUUGCCUUCAAAUGGUCCCUGACUGGAGGCCCUGCAAGGUGCCAAUGGAACUUACAACCCCCUACAAAGACUCUCCUCCUCCGCCAUCAAAUCUUGACGACGAGCGAAACUGGGACGUUCGUAUGGCUGAAGAGGUUCUCAACUACACAGACCAAUCUCAAACACUUGAGUGGCACAGCCGCACACCGCCAUCUGGCGAGGAGGUUUUGCUUCUGCCAGGCAGGGUUUUCGCGUAUGUGUUGCGCACCCGCCGAUGGGCAUCCCUACCACUUGCAAUCGGAAAGCCUGAUGAGGAAGGCAACAGUUUGACGCUUAUGGAGCCCGAUCCAUCAGCGUGGGAUCUUCUUCAGAUUGACCAGAGGCAUAGGUCGAUAAUUGAAUCCAUGAUGGCUACGCACUUCCGCAAGAAGAAAUCUGAGAGACGGCAAUUUGAUCUCAUUCAGGACAAGGGAAAAGGCCUCAUUGUACUCUUGCACGGUGUUCCUGGUGUCGGGAAGACGUCCACCGCAGAAACCGUCGCUCAGUAUUACAACAAGCCGCUUCUGCCGAUCACAUGUGGUGACCUUGGAAUGACCCCUGCCGAAGUCGAAGCCAACCUCCAGUCGUCCUUCCAACUGGCGCAGGCCUGGGACUGCGUCCUCCUCCUUGAUGAGGCCGAUGUAUUCCUAGCUGAAAGGAGUCAGGACAACAUUGAGCGGAACGCGCUUGUGUCCGUUUUCCUCCGGGUGAUGGAGUACUACGAAGGAAUCUUGUUCCUCACCACCAACAAAGUUGGCUCCUUUGACGAAGCCUUCAAGUCUCGCAUGUCCAUGGCCCUCUACUACCCGCCACUUACUCAAGACCAAACGGAGAAGAUCUGGGUCGUACAGAUCGAGCGCACUGAGCGCCUUUCUAUCGAAGCCGCUCCCGAGGACAAGUCCCAGCAUGUCAAGUUUAACCGCCUCGAUAUCAUGACUCUUGCCAAAGAGCUCUGGAGUCUUCAACAGGCGCGACCUGACUUCAAGCCAGUCUGGAACGGUCGGCAGAUUCGCAAUGCCUUCCAGACUGCCGUUGCGUUGGCAGAAUGGCAUCAGCAGGAGAAUAAGAUACCAGGACCGGUAAUUGUAAAGAGAGAACACUUUGAAAAGGUCGCACUGGUGUCGAACGAGUUUAACGCAUAUCUGUGGACUGUGAAGCACCGUCGCGGUGACGAUGUGCUGAAUUGGAAGAAAGAGCACAGGUUUGAUCAGUUUGAUCGAUACCAGUCUGGUUGGGGUGGUCCAGGUUUCGGGCAACAGCAGCCAUCGCAACCAGGGUUCGGCGCGUGGGACAAUUCGCAGCAGUCGGGUAUGAUGGGCUUUGGCAGCCAAUCUGGGUUAGGGAUAGGUGGAUUUGGUAAUAACAACAUGCAGAACCAGACCGGGUUCAUCAACCCCCAGUCAUGGCAAUCGGGCCUCGGCGGCAUCGGCCGCGGCAACAUGGGUGUAGGUAAUCCUGGAGUCGGUAGUAGUGGCAUGGCUUCUAACCUGGGUUCCGGUUUGCAAGUCGUACCUGGGCAAAAUCUCACCAGCCAGACAACGGAACAGCAACAGCAGCAACUUCAACAGCAACAACUCCAACAACUCCAACAACUUCAGCAGCAGCAGCAGCAGCAGCAGUCGCAGACAAAUUUGCAACCAGGUGGUCCGAUGCAGGCCAUGUUCGGACAGAGCACUACUCAGCCGAGGUCAACCGGCUGGUAA